UAUGACUUGUGAGAUGUGAUUAGCGUGAGUGAGUGGAGGUCGUUGAGGCGAGGAGGAGAGGUGACCGGGGCCGGAGUCUCCAUCUGGGCCGCUGCUGCCCCACACCAACCUCGCCAUGGCUCCCUCACACAAGCAAACCACCAUCCCUAACGGCAUUAAAUUCCUCUUCGGAGGCAUGGCAGGUAUGGGGGCCACCUGCUUCGUUCAGCCCCUCGAUCUCGUCAAGAACCGAAUGCAGGUUGCAACAAGUAAAGAGCACAAGACAAGUUACCACGUAAUAAAGCAUGUGAUCAAAUCAGAAGGACUCUUUGCUCUCUACUCUGGGCUCUCUGCGGGUCUCCUUCGUCAGGCAACAUACACUACCACUCGUCUUGGCAUAUACACAUGGUUGUUUGAGAAAGCAUCAGGGCCCAGUGGUGAACCUCCCAGCUUCAUCGUCAAAGCAGGCCUGGGUAUGGUAGCUGGCAUGGCGGGUGCCUUUGUGGGGACUCCUGCAGAGAUAUCUCUAAUCCGAAUGACAUCGGAUGGCAGACUACCACUAGCCGAACGUCGUAACUAUAAGAGUGUGUUUGACGCUCUGUUUAGAAUAACGAGAGAAGAGGGCGUGUUAACGUUAUGGAGGGGAGCUAUACCCACCAUGGGGAGAGCCAUGGUGGUGAAUGCUGCUCAGCUAGCAUCUUACUCUCAGGCCAAACAAGCACUCAUACAAUCUGGUUACUUCCAAGAGAACAUUUUCCUUCAUUUCUGUGCUUCAAUGAUUUCUGGUUUAGUCACCACUGCUGCCUCAAUGCCAGUUGAUAUUGCAAAGACAAGAAUUCAGAAUAUGAAAAUAAUUGAUGGUAAACCGGAAUACAAAAGUGCACUGGAUGUCCUGUACAAGGUGAUACGGAAUGAAGGGAUCUUCGCAUUGUGGAAGGGUUUCACGCCAUAUUACAUGCGCCUUGGCCCUCAUACAGUCCUCACAUUCAUAUUCCUUGAACAGAUGAAUCUCAUGUACAAAAAAUAUGUGCUGGGUGAUUCUGCUGCUAAAGGUGGUGGAAUUUAAAGUUUGAAUCUAGUAGACAAGGUUAGUCAAAAAAUCAUCUUGCCCGGCUUACUUAGUUUAUCUUUAUUUUGUUUUAGAAGAAUUGUUGCCUUGGAUUUCUCACUCUUUUUAAAGUAUAGAGAUAAACAAUGAGUCGGUCUCAACUUUGAGGAAAAUGAAAUUUGAGAUUUGUUUUUAUCUUUUUUAUUUUAGGGAACUGGCAUCCAGUGGAUUGUUUUGUAGGGGAAAAAGGUUGAUCAGAUAUUGGUGGUUGUUAAUUUGAGCAGUUUUGCUUUCUUUGUCAGGUAUGGAGGAGUCUGUAAGGACUCGCUUUUGGUACAAUAAUUAUGUAGCUAUUUUACAUGGAUCUCUUGGUAAUUGUGAUAAAUGGUUAGUGUUUCUUUUUAAAUCUUGGGACUAUUUAUAUGUACAAUUUAUUGCUUAAAAUUGCUUUCAUUUGAAACCUUUAUUUAUUGUAUUAUAUGUAUAUGAAGUAUAACAUGCUGUAUAACAUAUGCUGUAUAAUAUAAUAUAAUACUAGAUUAAUUAAUACAGUAUUCUACAGUUCUUCAGAAAACUUGCAAAAUUUUAAUCUUGAGGUUUUCAUUUGUUGGGACCGAAAUAAAUUUCUCGACAUUUGACGAACGUUACCCUUAGGAAAGUAUAGAAGUUAUGAAUGUAAUUAGUAAAUUACACAUGAUUUUCUUAUUGAUACAUCACGUUACUGUGAUUUCUGUGUGUAUUGUAAUUAGUCAUUCAGUCAUAUUAUAACUGGUACAGUAGGCCCUGGAGGUUCAUAAAUCUUCAACCGAAUGUUAAAACUGAAUUGUGCAUUUUUAUUUUGUGAUGGCAGAGUACAGUAUAGUUAUGUACUGUACACAUUGUAGUGGUCUGAACUUUAAUUCUGAGUAGCAGUGAUGCAAAGUUGUUGUUUAAUGAUCUGGUUUAUGCUAUGCUAAAUAAUGGAUAGAUUAAUUAGAGCGGUUUAUUUUAAGAUAGUGUGUUAUCACAUGUAUAUUUAUUAUCUAAUACUUAAAUCUUAAUAGUCAUUGCUUUUAACAAAUUGUGUACUAACUCGUCUUCCUCACCUCUCCUAACAUUUGUAAGUGCAAUUGACUUAUUGCACUUACUUACAAACUGAAGCAGGUUUGCUUCAUGGUAGUGUUAAAACAUGAUAGAAAUGGCAAGACAUGAGUAUAAUUUAAUAGUUGUUGCUUUAACUGGGAAUAAAUUUGCUAUAUUUUUGUAUCCAGGCAAGUUGAAAGCCAUCAUUUUAAUUUGAUAAUUCCCACUGCAUUUAAUGUGAAAUGUUGCAGCAGCUCUGAAUAUUUGGCACAACACCAGCACGCACAGAUCAUUCAGGUGGUCUACGAGUUGUAUCAUGAAAUCUAGUCUGAAAAAAUUAGGCUGUGUACAUAUCAAGACCUUAGCAAAUUUUCUGUGACUAAUUUUCUUGUAUAUUUGUACAUAGGAAUGCAAAAGCCAUCUGCACUGAUGAAUCCUUACUGAAGAGGUUAUCAUGAUUAAUAAAUAUUGUGCAGGGAUUUUUAUAGACGUUUUAUUUUGGCAUGUCUGACAUUUGAAAAUAAAGGUUUUGCAAUUA